AUGACGCAAUACCAAAAGGUUGCUGGAACAAUAUCUGGAAAUCAACUUGAUUAUACCUCUGGAAAGUUGGAUAAGAGUCGCGAGCAGUGCCUUCUUGCGUGUUCAGGAGAGGAGAAUUGUGAGGCUGUUCGAUAUGGACGAAGCACAUCCGAAUGCCAGAUGUUGAGUGACGUCAUCCUUCAGUUAUCCGGAAGUGACGCUAACUGGUUGACAUAUCAGAAAGUUAAGGGUUGCCCCGAAGGGUGGGUCGCUUUCGACAAGUCGUGUUACUACUUCUCAACUAAUUUUGUCAACUGGAACGAUGCCGAGGACCACUGUAUAAACUUGGGUAGUCAUCUGGCGACUAUCCGCAGCAUAGAUGAACACCAAUUCAUCGUCGAGAACCGACCUUUUCCGGGCCAGUAUCUCUGGAUUGGAGGGAAACGUUCUUCUACAGUUGCUGGCACUUUUGUUUGGGCCAGCGGUGAACCAUGGGACUUUGACCAUUGGGCGCCAUUUGAACCAAGCGACGUGAGGGAGGAAUGUGUGAAUAUUUUUGGUACAUAUAGAUACGUGGAUUAUUGGAAUGAUAAGGAGUGUUUGCUAGAUCGUGAUCCAUUUGUAUGUGAGAGACUCGCAUCCUCCCACCUCAUAUAA